GAGCAGCAGCAGCAGCAGCAACAUUCGUGAGCAUUGGGUCCAAUGGCAACCAAAACGGAGGUUUUAUCCAACUAUGAACUGGAUACAAGCGUGACGGAAAUCUUCGAUGUGCGAAAGGCAUUGGGCAAGGGCGCCUAUGGCAUUGUGUGGAGAGCCGUUGACAAGCGGAAAAAGGAUACAGUGGCGCUGAAGAAGAUCUUCGAUGCAUUUCGAGACACAACCGAUGCUCAGCGCACCUAUCGGGAGGUUGUCUUCCUGCGCGCCUUUCGCCACCAUCCGAAUAUCAUUCGCCUCUUGGGUAUCUACAGGGCCACCAACGAUAUGGACUUUUAUUUGGUGUUUGAGCACAUGGAGAGCGAUUUGCAUUUUGUCAUCAGGAAGGGCGACAUUCUGAAGGAUAUCCAUCGGCAGUUUGUCAUGUAUCAGCUGGUGAAUGCCAUGAAGUAUGUGCACUCGGGCAAUGUCAUCCACAGAGACCUGAAGCCCAGCAACAUACUAAUUGACAGCAAGUGCAGACUAAAGGUUGGGGACUUUGGAUUGGCUCGCACGAUUGUGGCAAAGCCCAGCAGCAGCAACAGCAACAGCAACAUCGGCGACGGUGACGCCAAUGGCAACCAGGAGACAACCGAGAAUGACGGCGUGAUGUCGGACUACGUCGCCACGCGCUGGUAUCGUGCCCCCGAGAUACUCGUGGGCUGUCGCAAGUACACCAAGGCCGUGGAUAUGUGGAGUCUGGGCUGUGUCCUGGGCGAGAUGAUAACCCAGCAGGCGAUCUUUCAAGGCACCAGCACCCUCAAUCAGAUGGAGAGAAUAUUGUCUGCCCUGCCGAAUGUGACACAGCGCGAGAUCGACAACAUUGGCACGAGAUUCGGGACAUCGCUGCUCAGCAGAACGAUUCGCCGCGAUUACCAACACUCGCUGAAUGCCAUGUUUCGGGGCAGUAGCUCCAAUGAAAUUGACUUUGCCACCUCCCUGCUGAUGCUCGAUCCGAAGGAUCGGUUGUCGGCCAACAAGGCGCUGAAGCAUCCAUUUGUCAGCUCCUUCCGUUGCCCCUCGGCAGAGUUGGAAAUGCGUUUGAAUGUGAAGCCGCCGCUGCGCGAUGAUUUCCGCUUUGAGUUGAACGACUAUCGCAACGGCCUGUACUCGAUGAUAUCGACGGAGUUGACAACCUCACAUCGCGGCAGCCGUUCCCAUCAUUCCAGUGCUAGACGCGAUCUGCCCAUCGGUGUGCGCAUCAGUUCCGAGACCACUCUGCGAAAGAAGAUUGAACUGGAGCCAAAUGCACUCGCGCUUAACAGUAUGGAUCCCCCGCUGCAGAAGCAUUCCCACUCCCACACCCAAGAGAAGAUUCAGACGCAGGUACAUGCGCUGGACCACAAGCACAAUCCUCAGCAUUGUGGAAGUAAGCGGCAGCCCCGCUCACCGCCAACCCUACCCAUCCCGAAAUCAGAAGGAGUGCGAACCUCGCACAAGGGCCAUCGAACGCAUUCGCGUGUAACGCCAAAACUCGAGUGGGGCGAACGUCCAGUGGCGGUAACGACGCCACGAAUGGCAGCACAGGCACAGUUAAAGGAAAGAAUCGAAGCGCACGCUCGAGCCUUUCUCGAGGGACGCAACGCGGGCAACAAGAAGACGCAAGGCAUCGAGCUGGGUCCAAGUCAAACUGACUGGGUGGACAAGUUGAAUCCCACAAUCAUCCCUGAAACUCUGGAGGCAAAAAAGGCUCGGGCCAAGGAGCGUAGCGCCAAGCAAAAGGCCAAAGCGGAGGCCAGAGCGGUGGCCAAAGCGGAGGCCAGAGCGGUGGCCAAAGCGGAGGCCAAAGCGGAGGCCCAAGCGCAGGCCAGAGCGGAGGCCAAAGCGGUGGCCAAAGCGGAGGCCAAAGCGGAGGCCAAAGUGGAGGCCAAAGCGGAGCCGAAAAUAGUUCCAGCGAUUGCCACGCAGGAGUCCAUCAUCCAGAAGGAAUCGAAGAGCGUUAAGGAACCAGUGCAGAACCAGAACCAGAUACAGAAGAAAAUGAUGGAGCGUGAGGAAGUGUUGCUGGAUGCAAACAGUCGCUCGGAGGCCAAAGCGGAGCCGAAAAUAGUGCCAGCCAUUUCCACGCAGGAACCCAUCAUCCAGAAGGAAUCGCAACGCGUAGAGGAACCGGUGCAGAAGCAGAACCAAAUACAGUGGAAAGUGAUGAAGCGUGAGGAAGAGUUGCAGGAUGCAAACAGUCGCUCGGAGGCCAAAGCGAAGGCCAAAGCGGAGCCGAAAAGAGUGCCAGCCAUUGCCACGCAAGAGCCCAUCAUCCAGAAGGAAUCGCAACGCGUAGAGGAACCGGUGCAGAAUCAGAACCAGCACCCGGACCAGAAGAAAGUGACGAAGCGUGAGGAAGAGUUGCUGGAUGCAAACAGUCGCUCGGACGUGACACAGCCCAGAGCUCAGAAAAGCCUGCUGCUGCAGGCAUUGCUGCGGCAGAAGCAGCGCCGAAUGGCAUCGCAGUCCGUCGAACUGGAUGCCAGAGUGCACGCGAAUCUGGACACGCUCCAGGCCCAGCGGCAGAAGAUGCAAAAGAAGAUUAUCAAGUAUGCGGCCGAUACCGGACUGACGUUCAUCACGGACACUUCCAAGCGCAACGCCUGGGAUGACUCUGACGACUCGUCGUCGACAAGUUCCCAUUCGUCAGACUCUGAGCAUUAUUUUAUGCGACAACCACGCAAAUCCUUGGUGCCAAAGCCGCAAUUUAAAUGCCAUCUUUACACAAAGCAGCAUGGAAAUCGUAUUAUGGAUCUCCACGAAUCAACGGCCACGUCCAACACGCUCAAGAAGCAGCAACAGCAGCAGCAGCAUUCGGAUGAUGUCUUUGAUGAAUCGGAAAGAAAACCACAGGUGGACAAUGCGAAAGAUUUAAUGGUGGAGAAGUACCGGAAGAGCCAUGGCAAAUCGUUCAACGAACUGGACAACACUAGAACUACACCUGGCAAACAGCAAACAGACCUGAAAGUGGACACAACAGCGGCGCUGUUUUCGACCCAAAACAAACUCAAGGAGCCGCGUCGAAGGAAGAACAUUUCCGGUGCCUACUGCCAGCCACUGCAACAGCGACACGACAUCCAGGAGGUGGCUCGGAUCAAUGCCAAUCACGACUAA